AUUAUCCAACUGUAAAGCAAGCGCACAUUGGAUACUGAAAUACACAAACCGAAGAUCCAUGCGCAUUUUGCUUUUCUUCUUCAAUUCCUUGUGACCAAACUCUCAAACCAGCAAGACCCAGAAACGCCAACAAACGCACCAUGCCUUCAAGACCCUUAGCUCCUCCAGGGCAAAGUUUAUUCACAAGAACAAGGGUGUUGUUCUUGGCCCUCACCAUCUCGGCUUCCGUAAUAAUAAUCCUCUCAAUCCUCUACUUUCUUUAUCAUAUCUGGCAAUCCCUUGUGCACAGAGCUAAAACCAUUCCCUUUGACUCCAGUGCUCCCCUGAAGCUCCAAAGAUACUCGUACAGAGAGCUAAAGCAAGCCACCAAUGGCUUUGACACUGCCAACAUCAUUGGCAAAGGCGGGUCAGGUACGGUGUUUAGAGGAAUACUGAAAGAUGGAAAACUCAUUGCAAUCAAGCGGUUGGACGCUCUUUCUUUGCAGACGGAGAGAGAGUUUCAGAAUGAGCUGCAGAUUCUUGGGGGCCUAAGGUCACCGUUUUUGGUUGCUCUGUUGGGAUACUGCGUGGAAAAGAACAAAAGGGUCUUGAUUUAUGAGUAUAUUCCCAAUAACAGCCUGCAAGAAUCGCUUUUUGGAGAUGGGUGUUUGAGUUUGAGCUGGGAAAGGAGGUUUGACAUAAUCUUGGACGUUGCUAGAGCUCUAGAAUUCUUGCAUGUUGGAUGUGAUCCGCCAGUGAUUCAUGGGGACAUUAAGCCCAGCAAUGUUUUGCUCGAUUCGGAUUACCGGGCAAGGAUUUCCGAUUUCGGGUUGUCGAGGAUUAAGGUGGAAGGUGAGUUUGGUGUGGAUUUGUUUAGCCAGGACUUGGGGAAGAGUCAGGAUCUGUGGAAGAGCCAAGAGCUUUCAGGGAAUUUGGCUGCGGAGACUCCGGCAAUCGGUACCCCGGUGGAGAGUGCUCAUGAGGUAGAUUUUGCUCUUGCUUUACAGGCUUCUACUUCUUCCAAAAAUAGUAGGAUAUCUUAUAAUGUUAAAGCUUUGAAUAUGAAUUCUUUGAAUUAUAAUGCUAACAUGGCAAGUGAGAGUGAUGUUAAGAGUAGUAGUGCGAAGGGGAAGGAAGUUUCGGUUGUAGACAUCGGUGGGGAUGAUUGGAGUAAUAGGUUUGUGCCUUAUGAUGAGGAGUUUUCCAGCAUUGAUAAUAGUAAGGAGUUGAAUUUUAAUGCUUCUUCGACUGUUGAUGAGGAGGUGGAUACAAAACAAUGGGGAAAGAAUUGGUGGUGGAAGCAGGAUGGGAGUGGUGAAUUGUGUAGUAAGGAUUAUGUUAUGGAAUGGAUAGGGAGUCAGAUUUGCCCAUCAACAAAUCCUGACUGGGAUGAAGAAAAGAAGAGUACUGCUCUUGAGCAAAAUAACCUGGAUAAUUCAACUCCCUUAGAUAAAUUGGAAGGUGUGACUGAACCCCAAUUCCAAGAAAAUGAAUUUGAAAAUCUUGAUAAAGGGUAUGAGAAGAAAGAGCCGAGGGCCAAAAGAAAUCGCAAGAAGAAACAGAGGAAGAUGCAAGAGUGGUGGAAGGAAGAGCACCUUGCUGAGAUUAGCAGGAAGGGUAGUAAGCUUAAAAAUCUUGAAACCAAUUGGAGAAGAGGUUUCAAAAUGCCACAUUUUGGUCUUGGAAGACAGUUUUACUUUAGACGAAAGAACUUAGCGGAGCAAAAUCAGAAAGAGUGUGAUUUAAAUGGGGAGUUCAGUUUUAGAAGGGGAUGGAAGAAAAAGAGCACUCGGUCUAUUGGCAGUGACAUGGGGAGCGGAGAUCUUUUUAGUCGAGAGCUCAGCAGUACCACAAGCAUGAGAGGGACUUUGUGCUAUGUCGCACCAGAAUAUGGUGGAUGUGGGUUCUUAAUGGAGAAGGCUGAUAUUUACAGUCUAGGGGUUUUGAUUCUUGUGAUUGUUUCUGGUAGAAGGCCAUUACAUGUUCUUGCUUCCCCUAUGAAGCUUGAGAAAGCAAACUUAAUAAGCUGGUGUCGGCACUUGGCUCAAGCUGGAAACAUCUUAGAACUUGUGGAUGAGAGGCUAAAAGAUGAUUACAUUAAGGACCAGGCAAGCUUGUGUAUUAACCUGGCACUCGCUUGCUUACAGAAAUUGCCGGAGUUGCGGCCGGAUAUCGGGGAAAUCGUUAAGAUAUUGAAAGGGGAGAUGGAUCUCCCACCACUCCAACUUGAGUUCUCUCCCUCUCCUUCUUCCAAAAUAUACAGCAGGGCAAGGAGAAAACACAAGGCAAAUGGAGAGUAGCCUUUGGAAUGUCAUAUCGGGGUUCAUACUGAGUGUAAUAUAUGGGAGUGGUGAUUGGUAGCUGCUAUCAGAGAACAGAUUCAGGGGGCUGAAGGUGUGUAUUAUUGUGAGAAAUAUGUUGUUCUAUGUACAUUAUAUUAAUGAUUUUUCUUUCUUUGCCACUUGGUGAAGCAAAUAUUGGUGGCUCAAGUACAUGUUCUGCCUGUGUUGUGUAACUUCUCCAAGUGCUAAUUCCAAAUGCUAAUUAGGCCUUUAUUUAAA